AUGGCGAGAGAGAUCCCCGGGUUCUACUAUGACCCGGAGAAGAAGAAGUAUUUCAAGAUCCAGGCCAGCCACGCGGCGGCUCCAGGGGCUCAAUACUCGAAAGACUCGGUCAAGCGCAAACGCGCCGACCACGAGGAACGUCGCCGAAAGGUUCAGCAGAUCAAGAGGGAGGCUAAGGAGAAGAUAAGGAGGGCGCAAUCUUUAUCUCACCCUCUUCUUGAUGCGCAACGAGAGAUCGGCGCCUUGCGUUUGCCCACCACUGUGAGACAGGAGCGAAGUGCGCGUGCCUACACCAGCCAGCUUCGCAGGAACCAGCUGCAUCAAUUCGAAGCCUGGCCAGAUGAGUAUAGCAUCAAGCACGUGCUGCGCAACAAGCGCUCGGGGAUCUUGAUUGCUAGUGGUCAUCGCGGCGGUGAAUCGUCCGUGUCGGUGUGCUUCCCGGAUUGCGACCAGAACAAAUGGACUUACAAUCGGACCAUGGAACGUGUUCUAUUCAAGGAACCGUAUAGGCUUUCGUCCAUCUCAUUGAGUCACACAGGAUACCUGCUUUCAACGAUGGACAGCGGUCCCCAGGGCGACUCGUUUCUGGCACCUCGAAUGUUGCCAGACCCAGAUGAAGGCGGCGACUACCGAUGGCCGCCAUCCUUCCUUCAACCAAUACGCAUUCGCACAGCAGCGUCUUUGUGGUGUUCUUCGGCUUGUCCAGUGGGAGACCACCCGCUAUUUGCUGUUGGGGCAUCUGAUGGCUUGUAUACUCUACAAGGAUACGGAGCGUACUGGGCCUUGUCGAAAAAGCCGUUCUCCGACGAUGUGAACGCGGGCAAGCCGAUCCUCAAACGACGCAUUGGUACUUCCCAUGCCCUCGUCACCAGCGUCGAAUGGUUGUCCUCGGAUGUGAUCGCGGCCGGUCUCAAGGACUCCUCUGUUUUCCUGCAUGACCUCCGGAGCGGGGGAACCGCGACACGACUCCAACAUCCACAUGCCGUCACAAAGAUUCGCAGAGUGGACCCUUACCGAAUGGUCGUUGCAGGGAUGAACUCUCUCCAGAUGUACGAUAUCCGCUUUCCGCCCAACGGGCUUCAACCGAAACCGCAACCGACCAGCAAGAAGCAUACUUCCACGCGACCCUAUCUCACUUUCCAAGACUUCAAGCCCCAAGUCAUACCAGACUUCGACAUCAGUUUGGAGCUUGGGCUUCUAGCCAGCGCCACCGACACAGGCAAGAUUCAACUGUUUUCUCUGCGCAACGGGGAACAGGUUACUUCACCCUUGUCAAACUACCAGUAUGCAGACCCCAUCGCCUCCGUCUGCUUUGAAUCCGGCGAUGCACCAUUUCAGGGGCCUCAGACACCAAGCCUACUCGUCUGCGCCCAAGCCACAGUCGAUGAAUGGAUAUGGUAGAAGGAAAAAAUCCAAGUGGGCCUUUGUAUAAAGGUCUAUCUAUGCACCAAACGCCUAUAUGAUGCCUGGGAUAUGAGUGUGAACAAUACAUGAAUCAAAGCAAGUAAAAGAAAGCAAACAACCCAGAAAAAACCCAUCAGAAAAAAAGAAGGGCCCUCCUAAUCCAGACCUCCCGCCAACCAUUCGCCCACCUCUACGCCGACCGUCUUUGCCAACUCCCCAAUCCAGUCCCCUGAAACAUUCACACACCAUUUCUCCCCCGUA